UCUUCGCUAUCAUCAUCCUCCAUAUAAGCUCUUGAACACAGCAAAGCAGGCUCUCUCUCUCUCUCUCUCUCUCUCUCUCAUCGCCAACAAUGGGGCUCUGCUUCUCCAAAUCCCAGAACAUUCCCAUCUCUUCUUCUUCGUCCGAGUCUCCCCCUCGUCAACCCCACAGCAAACCCCAACCACAGCCCCGACCAACGUGGCCGACGCAACCGCAACGGCAACCAUCGAAGCCACUGCGGCCGUCCUACCAGAUGGACACCAUCCUCGGCAAGCCCUUCGCCGACAUAAACGCCCUGUACCAGCUGGACCGCGAGCUCGGCCGCGGCCAGUUCGGCAUCACCUACCUCUGCACCGAGCGCUCCACCGGCCUGAAGUACGCGUGCAAGUCCAUCUCGCGACCCAAGCUGACCACCCCGAUGGACAUCGAGAACGUCCGCCGGGAGAUCAUGAUCCUGGAGCACCUCUCCGGGCAGCCCAACAUCGUGGAGUUCAAGGGCGCGUACGGGGACAAGCAGAACGUGCACCUGGUCAUGGAGCUCUGCUCCGGCGGCGAGCUCUUCGACCGGAUCAUCACCAAGGGGGCCUAUUCGGAGCGGGAGGCGGCAAGGAUCGGACGGCAGGUCGUGAACGUGGUGCACGUGUGCCACUUCAUGGGAGUGAUGCACCGCGACCUCAAGCCCGAGAACUUCCUGCUCGUCAGCAAGCACGAGGAAUCCCCUCUCAAGAUCACCGACUUCGGCCUCUCCGUCUUCAUCGAACCAGGGAAGGUGUACAAGGACAUUGUGGGAAGUGCGUACUAUGUCGCGCCGGAGGUGUUGAAUAAAAAAUACGGGAAGGAAAUCGACGUCUGGAGCGCAGGUGUCAUCUUAUACAUCCUUCUUUGCGGUUCACCUCCCUUCUGGGCAGAGACCGAGAAGGGCAUAUUUGAAGCGAUAUUGGAAGGCAACCUGGAUCUUGAAAGCGCUCCGUGGCCAUCCAUUUCCCCUUCGGCGAAGGAUCUCAUCAGGAAACUUUUGAUGAGGGAUCCUAAGAAAAGGAUCACCGCCGCAGAGGCCCUCGAACAUCCUUGGCUCCGCGAAGAUGGAGUGGCAUCUGAUAAACCUAUUGACAGCGCUGUUUUGCGGAGGAUGAGGCAAUUUAGAGCGUCAAACAAGCUGAAGAAACUUGCUCUGAAGGUAAUCGCGGAAAACCUCUCAGAAGAAGAGAUCAAGGGCUUGAGACAAAUGUUCAACAACAUGGACACCGACGGAAGCGGCACAAUCACAUUCGAAGAAUUCAAAUCUGGAUUGUCUAGGUUGGGAUCGAAGCUCACGGAAGCAGAAAUAAGGCAGCUAAUGGAUGCUGCUGAUGUCGAUAAGAACGGGACCAUCGACUACAUCGAAUUCAUCACUGCCACGAUUAACCGCCACAGGCUUGAGAGGGAAGACAGUCUGUCCAAGGCUUUCCAAUUCUUCGAUAAGGACAGCAGCGGGUUUAUCACAAGAGAUGAGCUGAGGCACGCUAUGGCGCAGUACGGAAUGGGGGACGAAGCCACUAUAGACGAGAUCAUCGAGGAUGUCGACACAGACAAAGAUGGGAGAAUCAAUUAUGAGGAGUUUGUGGCCAUGAUGAGAAAAGGAAUUCAAGAUCAUAAUGGAAACGAGAGAUAGGAAGCAAGAUAGAUGAAUGAUUAUUUGUUCUCCCUUUUGUACAUUCAUCUCUACAAUAAGCCUGUGUACAGAUUGUGUACUAUUGAUUCCUACUGCGGUGACCAUCCGAACACCGAGACAUGACGAUCCAAC